GGAAGGAGCUUGGCUUCUCUGGAGAUCCAUCGAUAGGGAACCUAAACGGAGGGGAACAUAGACGGCUCUCCUUCCCCCAUCACUCAGUAAGACAAUGGAUGCCAUACUUUUCUUUGAGAAUAAAGCCUUGUUUAGAUGCCCUGCACUUCACCUGUUUCCUACCCAUCAGUUAGCUCAGGGCCUUUCCAAAGGGGCUUACAGCAGUGAUGCUCAAUCUACGUUCUGCGGACCCCAGAGAGGCCUGCGAUGAUGUCCUCACAGGGAGUCUGUGAAGGCUAGAAGAAAUGGUAUGAUUUAAAUGUUGAGCCUUGGGGGUCCGUGGCCACAAAAGGUGUUUCAAGGGAAUCCAUGGCAAAGGAAAAGUUGAGAGCCACUGGCUUACAGCAUCCAAACAAAAGAGUCGAUGCGAUUCGGCAGCUUCUGCUGAAGGGGUUUUUCGAUGCCUAAUAUUUUCUAAUGCUUUUUUCUCCAACCUCCAUUAAUAUUUUUCUCUGUUCAGGAAGAUGAUCUGCUGUUUCAACCUUUUGUGGGAGUUAAUUGGUUUAUAAAUCAGUGCCAGGCUUUUGUCUGCCGUCUUGGAGGCUCUCAGACAGUUGCAAAGAGAGGCUUCUCCCAUGACCCUCCAGGCCCCCUCCUCGGAGGCUGCCGCUUGCUGCUUUUGGCACAUGCUGUCGGCAGUGGCCGGCCGGCUCUGGAGCUGGCAGGAAGCCUGGGGGAAGUGAGCAAGCCUUGUCAUGCGGCCGGUGGCUCCUCCUGCUCCCUCGCCUGCCGGGCCUCUCUUAAAGGAGCCCAACUCCUGCUCUGGUAUCCGCUGAAAGGCCACCCCUCCGUCUCAGGUGGUGGAGCGUCCUUAAGAGGGAACUAUUGAAAUCUGAGCCAGCUUUUCCACUCCACUGAGCUGCUUCCUUAAAGAAAAAGUCUGCUGAGGCUGCACUUCCUCAGAACGGGGGAUCCCAGGAGGGACCUGGAGUUUUGAGGCCUCUCUGGGUCUCCCAAACUCCCGUCCUUCUUCUUCUUCUCCUCCAUCCUCAUGAUGAGUAAAGGGUUGCAAUUUCCCCAGCUGGCCCUGAGGCGGAGGUUGGGCCAGCUGAGCUGUAUGUCUAGGCCUGCUCUGAAACUCCGUUCUUGGCCUUUGACUAUUCUCUAUUAUCUCCUGCCUUUCGGUGCUCUUAAACCUUUGACCAGAGUGAGAUGGAGGCCUGUGAGCCGGGUCUCUUUGUACAAGUCAGUUCCAACCCGCCUGCUCUCCCGUGCGUGGGGCCGGCUGAACAACGUGGAGCUGCCCACCUGGCUGCGGAAGCCCGUCCUCAGCCUCUACAUCUGGACCUUUGGGGUGAACAUGAAGGAGGCGGCCGUGGAGGACCUCCAUCACUACCGGAACCUGAGUGAAUUUUUCCGACGGAAGCUGAAACCCCAAGCACGGCCUGUCUGCGACCGGCACAGCGUGAUCAGUCCUUCGGAUGGAAAGAUCCUCAGUUUUGGACAGGUGAAGAACUGUGAAGUGGAACAAGUCAAAGGCAUCACUUAUUCUCUCGAGUCCUUCCUGGGUCCCCAUGCCAGUCACGAGAACUGCCAAAAUAAUCCAACUUCCUGUUGCGAGUCCUUCCAAAAACAGCUGGUCACAAAAGACAGCAACGAGCUCUUCCAUUGUGUGAUAUACCUGUCCCCCGGAGACUACCACUGCUUCCACUCACCCACCGACUGGAAGGUCUCUCAUCGGCGUCACUUCCCAGGUGCCCUGAUGUCUGUGAACCCCGGCGUAGCCCGUUGGAUCAAGGAACUCUUCUGCCAUAACGAGCGGGUUGUCCUGUCGGGCUAUUGGAAACACGGCUUCUUUUCCUUGACAGCCGUGGGAGCUCAGAACGUGGGCUCCAUCCGCAUUUACUGCGAUCAGAAGCUGCAGACCAACAGCCCUCGCUACAGCAAAGGCUCAUUCAACGACUUCAGCUUUGUAACCCACAAGGACCAUGAAGGCAUUCCCAUGAGGAAAGGAGAACAUUUAGGCGAAUUUAAUUUAGGCUCAACAAUUGUUCUGAUCUUUGAGGCGCCCAAAGAUUUCAACUUCUACUUGAAGCCUGGCCAGAAAAUCCGCUUUGGGGAGGCUCUGGGGUCCCUCUGAGGUCUGGGUGGUCAGAGGGGAGGGGCUUUUCUAUGGACAGGGACUCCGUUCAUACAAGGAAGCCGUUCGGUGUGGUGGAGUAUUGCUCAGCAGGACCUGAGUGAAGACAAUGAGUCCUUAGUCUCAAUCGGGGGGGGGGAGCGGGGGGGGCUAGCCUCAUCAGGAGGGUUGCGGAUUGAUGGGGGACCGUGGCCCUUAAGAGCAUGGAUCAGGUGGCUUUUCUUCCCUCGGGGCUCCGGAACGACGGCAGCUUCUCCCUCUUGCUCAAUACGCAGCCUGCCUUUGUGCCGCUUCUCAAGCUCUGCACAGAGAUGCUGUAAGCUCUGCAGCCAAGAGGAAGAGGAAAGGCAGAAGGAAGCUCUCUCCUUUAAAGGGACAGGAUCCAACUGGCCUCAUUACAUUUAAGUUUACAUACACCCAUUUUUCAGUCCAAUCCUAGAGAAGAGGGAGGGCUAAACAAAAAAAAUGCAGCUUGAAUUUCGAUUAAGAAACCGGCUAAAAUCUAGUUCUCUCCCUUUAAAGCAGAGGUUUAUGAUGUCCAACAUCAAGUCUGUGUUCAGCGUUUCACUUGUUCAGCAUUUGGAUUGGAGGAGCCCAGCUGGUCUCUUCCUCCAACUUCUAAAAUGGUCUUGCGGUGCUGGGCCUUCACUUUUUCUGUGUUGCACGGGGGAGAUCAGUUCUCCUUUCUUGAACCUGGCUUGCCGAAACGCACCCCAGUCCCACUGCAAGGCACGAGUUUCCUUCUCUUCCCUCUGUGCAGGGAAGUGGCCGGUGGACUCUGCCCAGCACUACUAAAAAAACACCUUUAGGAAUAUUAAAUAAUUCUCAUCUCUUCUCCUAUGAACUAAUGUCUAAUUCUCUGCUGGAGCUAGUCAAGGAGGCGGCUGAGAAGGAAGCAGAAUUGAUCACGAUAAAUUCUCCCCAUUGCCCUAAAAUAUCAUUUAUAGGCUUUAGACUUUGGGGUGAUGCCACAUCACCCCAAAUCUGCCUCUCUUUUUUAAUGGCCAGUAGUUUUAGGAGACACCCAGGCUGUAGCUAAAUAUAGGACAGGACUUGAUCAGAGCAGUGUCCUAUUUUCUCUAUGACGAGGGCCUUUUUCUGUGGCUGUGAGGGAUGGAAGGCCAGAAAGUGGGUCCUUUGUGAUGGCUGGUCCCUUCCUUCCUUAAUGCAGAAGUGAAGUCCUUAACCAGAAAACAGCUCUUCCAUCCUCCAACAUUAUCCUGUACUCUGCUGCCAUUGGGAGACAAAAUGACAGACAGCUGUGCCUUGCUCUAUCAGUGGAGAGGAAUCACUUGCUUCUCUUUGCUUGCAUUGCAGUACAAUUCUGGGCCUUCUGUUUUCUGGUUGCUCUGACUCUGCUGUAGAGGAGCCCCUUCAGUUGGUCUCCGUCGUCAGAAAGCAGUUCAGGGCCAGGUCCUGUGAAGCGGUGGGCUUGGGGGGGGGGUGUCACCCAAACCCUAAACAAACGGGAGUGGGUUUCUUGGUGACGCUGUGAAUUUCUCCAACAUGGAGAAUCCUUUUAUUUUUCAACUGUAUCAGUAGCACAGUAUUUUUGUAUGUCAAAAUGUACAACUUAAGACAUUAACUCAUUAAUGGCAAAUGUUUUAAAGUAAAAAUAAGAACUGACUGUG